AUGAACAAAGUGAUAGAGAAUAUGCUCGGAAAGUCGAUAGAGCAAAUGUUUGAGGAGAUUGAAGUAGAGGAAGUAAGGGCUAAACGUCAAGCAGAGACAGAAGCUCAGAUGAGAGAUAAAGGCAAAAGUGCUGAAGGCAGUAUUGAAGUAUCUGAAAGAUCAAUUGUUCCAUCAUUAGUUGUUGAAAAUCCAGUUCCUAUCUCGGCUGUAUCAGCUGUAUUUGAUGAAGACGUCUUACUUGAUGACGUAAUCACUGCUGAGGGUGAUGAUGAAGAUGAUAGUGAAGAAGAUGCCGAUGAAGAGAAAAUUGAUGAUCCAGAUGACGUUUUCUCAGCAAGUAGUCAUAGUGAUGAUGAUAACAAUGAUGAUGAUGAUGAUCAGGGUGGUGCAGGUGUUACUACUACUGAAGCGUCAAACGAAAAGAAUGUUGAUGAUUACAUGAAUGAUGGUGCGAAUGAAGUAUCAAGGGAAGCUGAUGGAAAGGGGGAGCAUGUAGGAGAUCAGAAUGUGGAUGAAUCUGAAAAGCUAAUUCUCUGA